AACCAUGAUUCGAAGUGGCGUUUGCGAUUGUGAGGAAGCGCCGAGAGGAUGGCUGAUGGACACUGGAUGGACAGUAUCCGUUGGUUCUCGUAAGUUCGGAACGGGCUCACUUGGCAGUCGGGGCUACAGCCGCCUCGAUCACGUCGAUGAUGGAGCCAAAGGCUCAACUAUGCAAGACCUUGCGUGACCCGGCUUGUCUUUUCUUUCUUCCGUUCAAUGACUUUAUAAGACUCUCACUGACUCACCUUCCUUCUACAUAUAGUGCACUUUCUUCGUGUCCCUCACCUGCUCUGUAUCUCACCUAAGGCUCCACUUCUUUGAUUCUACAUAAAUGAUAUCUGCAGUACAGCACUUUCCACCAGAACUGCUCUCUCUGAUCUGUGCUCAUGUCUACGCCGCUGGUUUACCACCUAAAGUGUCUUCGCUUGACCCCCUAAUCACUUCAAGCGAUCUCGUACCAACCGCUUUACCUUCUUCAUAUCCACCAUCAUACUGGCCGGACUGCACCAUUCGCCAGACACUGCACAACCUCUGUCUCGUUAACAAUGCAUGGGACGAGGCCGCCAAACCUUGGCUCUGGCAGAAAGUCGAGGUAAGACUUCCACACGAUUGGUUAUCCCUGGUAGAGGAAAUCGCUAGUGGCGAUGAGGACGAGGAGCUAGAUGAGGCGCUCCUCGUCGACCAAACCAUUCAGGAGGCUACCAACGCCGCUUUGGCUACGAGAAACAUCUUCGGAGAGCAGUGUCAGGCAGACCUGGCGAAGGAGCUUCAUGAGAGGCUCAUCGCAACCUUGAGCGGCCCUGAUGGUUCCAUUCCUCCAGAACUUUUGUCCCCUCCUGCGACUCGCGACCCUAGCCCUAGACGUCUUCGAGCGAAAAGCAAGUCUCCUGCUCGUUGGAAACUCAUGAGGUCCAUCAGCGACGCUGUACAGAAUGUCAUGCUUCAGGAUCAUCCCGGACUUUACAUCCCUGUCCCACAUGAUCCUCGUCCGGGGCGAUUCAUCCGUCACCUAGACUUCAACCAUUUCCGUACCAUCGGCAUGAGACGUUCCGUAGAAGAAGGCUUCACUAACAGAUUUGUGACCGGCGAUCGUCUGCAAGCAGUACUGAAGGAAAUGCCGAAUCUGUCUGCGUUUGGCGCGACCGAGUACAUGGAUGGCGCCUUGAACUUCUCCGUGAUCCAAGAGCUGUUCUUGCGCGGAUCGCUCUCUCGUGGGCGUGGUCGACCAUCACGAGGACGAGAUGUCGUUGUACAUGACCCAACUAACCCGGAAGAAGAAGACCGUGAGCGACGACGCGAAUGUAAGGAACUAGAGGCUUUGGACUUGACUGGCUGUGUUAGCGCAGUCUUCGUCAAAGCUCUCACAGACUUCGUAAAUACCCAUCUCAUCCAAAAUACCGCCGAUUCGGACUCCGGCGAAAGCGAUGACGAAGGUUCGCGUCCCCGCAGUCGAGGCAGGCCAAGAAAUUCAAUGGAGGAAGAUCCUUUAGUCUUUCCCAGCCUGCGAAGACUUGGACUGCGCGGCGUGAAGUCUGUACAGCCUCAAAUACUGAAUGCUCUCGCCCUUGCAUUCCCAAGUCUUACGCAUUUAGAUCUUUCGUGUACACGUAUCACGCCAGACCUGCUCACUGCCUUCGGAUCGUCUCAGACAAUUCACCUCCAGUCCCUUGCACUUGAACGUUGCAACUGGUUAACCGGAGAGAGCAUCCGAGAGUUCCUUAUCGAUUCCCCAUGUACUCACACAAUUCGCGAGUUGAGUCUUUAUGGAGACGGAACCUUCCCUUCAUCGUUGAGCGAAGAUGACAUGCGCGAUAUCUUCGCUUGCGCACCUUGCUUCCGUUCCGGCGAGAUGACCUACUUAGAUCUCUCAAGUUCACCCGUGACGAGGCAAAUGUUACUCGAAGUUGCAACUGCGCAACCCAGCCUUCGUUCCUUAGGCUUAUCACACAUCCGGAACCUCGAACUCUCCGCCAUCGCCCAAUUCCUCCGUACCAAAGCUCCUUACGUCGAAAUCCUCACCUUGGUAAACACGUCACCAGAAUUAGGCUAUGGCAAUGACCAUGUCUCAGCACGCCAUGCGACGAUCGCGCUACAUGCACAGAUUAUUCGACCUCUUUGUACACCGCCAUUUACGUUCAGUCUUACGACAUCUACCGUGAAGGCCGAGCCUCCAACUCGAUUGAGAGUCGUGGAACUUGCGCCGCCGCUUCUGGCUGGAUUAGGCAUGGGCGCAGAUUCGUGGAGAAUUGUGAAGAGUAAGGGAGGUCGGGGGUGGUAUGCGGAUACCGCAAGCGGCUGGAUUGCUGAGUUAUGUGAGGCAGAAGAUUGUGAUGGGAAAACGGUACUGAGAAGGGAUUUGCCGAGGGGUCAUCCUUGGAGGAACGAACUCGAACGUUUGGCGGAUGCUAAUGGGAAUGUGAAUAGUGGAAUUGGUUGGCAUGCGAGGAAGAUGGAGGUGAGUUUGAUUGACUCGUCUUUUGGCGUUAAGAUGUGGCGUAUAAUUGACUUCACGGUGAUUUAUCUGCAGGUUCUUCAUGGCUAUGGGCUCUUGGGACGCGAAUCUGGGCUCUACGGUGCCGUGGCUUUUGCGUAUCAGGGCUGAUUUCGUCUUCUGUUUUCAUUAUUGUUGAGCCUCAGGGGUAUAUGGUUUACUGUGACAGCACUCUGGGAGAUCUUUAGAGCUUUUCACUUUUGGUUGCUGGGUUGUCCAGUGUCCUUUCUUCCCUAUUGUAUUUCUAAAAGGGACAAAUCUUGUCCACGGACAAUACUAUAACACAUAUAUAGACUGGUCAUGCAUGCUACAUAUUGUACUUAUUUUAUUGUUCUAAAUUGAAGUCAUUUGCAUAUUUUGUUGCUAUAGCCGGAAUUGGUUUUCGGCCUUCCGGAUUACCUUACCACCGUUUGGCUACUUUUGAAGUAAAAUGUGACAUGCGUGAACAACGUUGAACGGCGAUCUAGGAGUUC